AUGGAUGGAAUAUUGAACGAUCUUCGAAAAAUCGACCAGUCUCAAGUGGAUGUUUUGCAUUUUGUGCGAACGCUUGCGAUUGUUCGCCAGAAGAACCUUAGCCGAGGCGCAAACUCGAAGCAGGACAGAAACAGCUCUGCUGACAACCCGUUGCAUGGCAUUGUUGAAUGGGUUAAGGUCGGUGAACCGAUGCCUCUGAUCAAGUCUGAUAAUCCCAUCUUGUAUGUGCGAGGUGAGAAGCUCACGGAUUCGACCGGAGGGGUAAUUUUUUGAAAAGGAAAGGAAAUCGCGGUUGAGAAAAGUUUGAUCGAGUCGUUCAAACUUUUGUGCGAAACAUUUUUCGUAUUCUCGUGCACACCAAAAGCUUGCGACAAGCAAUUUUUCUUGUUUUGUCAAACUGCAUUUUUUGGUAUUGGACAUUACAGCACCACUGGUGAAA